UGAACGAGAAUGGAGAAUUGUUUGCAGAAUUCUGUGCAUUCAACGAUUUGAUGAAUGAAGAUGGUGUGUACAAACCCAAGGAUAUUCACAAAGCGACAUGGAUUUCACCAGACACCAGGACACCAAAAACCAGAUCUACUUCAUCUCAAUCUUAAGAAAGUGGAGAUGCAGCUUACUUGACACAAGAUCAAGAAGAGGAGCAGACGUAGGUUCAGACCACUAUCCAGUACAAGGAACCUUCCAAAUCAAGUUAAAAGCCUUCAAGGAAGCUGGUGAUAGACCGCAGUUCAAAUACAACACUCGGAAACUGAAGGACGAAACCACAAAGGAAAUCUUCACAUCAACCAUCAAGACAAAACGGGAGAUAUCGAGGAACAUCCCUGAGGAAACCUGUGUUAAUGAACAUAGGAACUCUUUGAAAGAGAUGUGGAAAGAAACCUGCAUACCCGUAUCAGGAAGGAAGAAGAAAGAAGACAAGGAAUGGAUCUCGACAGACACAUGGAAGCUGAUAGAGGAGAGGAGGAUGGUGGAUCAGAAGAUAAACCAGUGCAAGGAUGCUCAACGACAAGAGGAACUGAGUACAAUCUAUAAAACACUGGACAAAGAAGUGAAGAAGAGUGCACGCAAAGAUAAAAGACACUUCUACGAAACACUGGCAAGUGAAGCAGAACAGGCUACUGGUAGGAGAGACCUGACAACAUUACAUCAAAUAACCAGGUUACUCUCUAGGAAGAGAUCAACACAUGGAAACCAAUAGAUGAUGAAGGGAAUUUAAUUACGAAAGGAGAGAAACAAA